AGGAGCGCGCAGUGGACCGUUCGUCCUCUGUCAGUCGCGAGAGGGAACUGGCUCGGAUCGCACCGUAUCAUCCCACCGGAAAAAAAAUAUGUUUCCUCCACGGUCUACGUUAUCAGCGUGGAGAAAAGACACGUAAAAGGAUCUACUACAGAGGACGUUACUUGUUUUGACCACUAAUUUAUGUUAUAAAGAAGAUAUAAUCCAGAUAGUGCCCUGUUAGGAAAACUGCAAGGAUUGGGAAUUUUAAUUUCAGAGAGGUGGUGAACAUGGCGUCGUGGCGGCUGGUCUGUGUCCUGGCUGUAUGGACCUCUGUGUUGGGUCUGGCCCAGUGUUGUCCAGAUACCUGUAGCUGUCUGGAUAAAUACGCCCACCAUUUCGCUGACUGUGCCUACAAAGACCUGCUAUUAGUUCCCGUAGGCCUCCCCUUCAACGUCACCACUCUCUCUCUCUCUGCCAACAAGAUCAAACUCCUGAAGGCCAAGAGCUUUAUUAACGUCACCCAGGUGACCUCCCUAUGGCUGGCCCACAAUGAGAUCGUGAUCAUAGAGAGGGACACCUUGGCACUGCUGAUCCAGCUGAGAAACCUGGACGUCAGCUACAAUAAGAUCAUCAGCUUCCCCUGGGAAGACCUGGCCAACCUCACCUCCCUUCAGCUGCUCAAGAUGAACAACAACGAGAUGAUCAACCUCCCUAAAUAUUCCUUCUCGACUCUCAAAGACCUGAGGUCCCUGAGGAUCAACAACAACAGGUUCACUACUAUAGUUCAGGGGACCUUCAGCUCUCUGAGCUCCAUGUCUCACCUUCAGAUCUACAACAACCCCUUCACCUGCUCCUGCAGUCUGGAGUGGCUGAGAGACUGGAUCACGGAGUCUAAGAUCUCUGUCCCGGAGCAGGACUCUAUCGUCUGCGAGGCCCCAGAGCAUCUGCAAGGGGCCCUGGUGACCAAAAUGCCCAAGCUGGACUGCAAGGCCCCGUCAGUGUCCAUCACCUACCAGCCAAACCUGGACAACACUGAGCUAUACGAGGGCUUUAUGGUGAUUCUCAACUGUGAGACCAAGGGCAACCCCAAACCAGAGGUCAGCUGGGAGGUGGUGAAUGCAGGGAACCAGAAGUUCACAUUCAGUUUGCCCUCUGUGGUCAGCAUGAAUAGUGACUCGCCCAUCAAUGAUAAAAGCACCAACGGCCGGUUCUUGGUCUUCCAGAACGGCACUAUGAUCAUCCCCCGUAUGAGCAAGAAGGAGGAUGGGAACUACAGCUGCUCAGCUGUCAACGAUCUCGGUAAAGCAGACAGCACAGUGAAGGUAGUGGUGGAAGGCACCAAGAAACAAGCCAUUAACUCCAUGCUGGCCACCACAGCAGAUAAGAUCCUCCGUCCGUCUGGUGGAAACAAGCCGGGGCCUAAGAUGACCAACAACAUCAUCAACUGGCCCAAGUCCGACUCUGAGAAGACCAAGAACGAUCCAACUGGGUCAUCUUUUAAACACGCUGAUGGCUCAGUGCAGGCUGGCGAGGGCUCAGAGGAGCUUCCGUUUCCCAGGAAGUGUGGCAUCAGCGAUGGCACUCAGUACAUCUCCAAUCACGCAUUCAACCUCAGUCUGGACCAGCUGAAACAAUAUACAUUUGAUUUAGGUGUCAUCGCGUUGGAGGUAUCCGAGACGGAGGCCAAAGUGCAGCUCAACCCUCUCCAGCUCCCCAACACUAAGAACAACCUUCACCUCAGCCGCAAUGAGAACCUAGAGACCGUCGACAAAGAGCCGUUCAGCCUCUAUCAAGGCUCAACCAAAACCCCCCUAGACAUGCUCUAUCUGUGUUUUAAUACUGGUAACGGACACUCUGUGGUGCAGUGGUCCCGGAUAGAGGAAGGGAUCAACACCUAUAAGUUCCAGGGCCUACAACCAGGCACUAACUACACCCUGUGUCUGACCUACGGAGGGCAGGACUGUCAGGUUCAGGUUGUCUUCACAACCAGGAUGAAAAUUCCUUCUCUGUUGAUCAUAGUGAUGGUUAGUAUCUUCCUGUUGGUGCUGGCUACAGUCCCUCUGCUGGGAGCAACCUGUUGUCAUCUCUUAAACAAGUACCAGGGAAAGACUUACAAACUGAUCAUGAAGGCAGCGCAGAAGAACCCAGAUCAAAUGGACAAACAUAUGGUUGGAGGUGAUUUCGACCCCCAGGUGUCGUUUGUGGAGUCAGAGAAGAAUUCUAACCCAAGUGAGAUAGGAGAGGGGGAGGACGGACAGGACGGGGAGGAGGUGGAGGGGAGUGUGGUUACCGAGUCUAUCCCGGGUUCUACAUUAAAAUUUGAGGUGGGUUCGGAGUACAGCGAUAGAUUACCAUUGGGCGCCGAGGCGGUGAAUAUCUCUGAGGAUGGAAACGGUAACUACAAAGAGCUGAGUCGCUGAGCAGAGCCGUGUGAUGCUAUCAGAGGAGAGAGAGAUUGUAAAAUAGUUACGUUCAGCUACAUUUUAAAGCAGGUAACUCACAGAUCAUUAUUUCACGUAGAAAUGAUAGCCCUGAUGAAGGUGGAUAGAUCAUUUUACCUCAGAAAGUAAGUGGCAACCCGUUAUACCCCAAAGAAGAGACUUGUCCCAAAGCCACUAAUGUGCUGAGGGUCAUUGUCCUUUUGGAAGGUGAACCUUCACCCCAGUCUGAGGUCCUGAGCACUCUGGAGCCUCAGUUUUUCAUCAGGACUUCUCUUUACUUUGCUCUGUUCAUCUUUCCUUCGAUCCUGACUAGUCUCCCAGUCCCUGUCGCUGAAAAAAAU